AUGCCGAUCAACUAUUCCAAAUGGGACAAAUUGGAGCUGAGCGAUGAUGAUGAUUUCGAGGGACACCCAAACGUCGACAAGGCCUCAGAAAUCAGAUUACGACAAGCAGAAAUCCAUCGGCAACGUCGUGAACGUCGCAUCAAAAUCGAUGCUCUAAAGGGUGAAUCCACUCUAAUAGCCUACACAGCAUCCCAACUAUUAAAUCUAAACACCUCCCAACCUCCUGAAUCACUCGUCACCGAACUAACAGCAUUACGAACCACCUUAAUCGACAAGGCGAAUGAAUUAUCGUCUAAUACGUGGAAGGAAGCAAACACUGAACGGGACUAUCGAUGGGGUCCUUAUGAACCUGAUGCUAUGGUGCAGGAUAUGCAUCCUUUUGGACCUGAUUUGGAUUUACUGAUACUUGUUGCUUCAAAGAGUGGGGAUGUCGCGAGUCUGAUUAAGAAGCUGCUUGAUAAUCAGGCUGAACGAAAUGUGGUUAUAAAGGAAGAGGUUGUUAGGUUGGAGAAGGAGGAGGGUGCUAAGAUGACGAGUGAGAAUAUGUACAAGGAAGGGUUUAACAAGACGAUUGUCAGCAAAGAAUCUGACCCAAAUCUCAAAGGAAAGGAAACUGCACCAGCCAAAACAGCAACUCAGACAGUAAUCGCGACUCUAAACAGUAAAGCUGCCGCUGCAGCCGAAGAAUCCAGUAAAUCUCAACCAUCGUCAACCUCGACACCACCACAAGCAGUAGAAGCCGGUGAAGAAGACUUUAUAACAAAUUCAACCGCAGCAGCAUUCGCCGAACUAUCCACCAUGGAAGAAUCAUAUCGCUUCCUUAUGAGUAACAUGUCUAUAGUCACUGAUGACAACUCGGAUGAGAUACUUGCUGAAGCUAUGAGAGAAGAGAUGGCUGGUAAUCCUCGAAAGGCUAGGCAGUGUGUUGCACAGAGUUUGAUUUUGCAGUAUUGUGCCAAGUUGGGAAGGGAUGGUGUUCGAUUGUUUUUCGAGAGAUUGAAGACAUCCACACAUGGCGCUCGAGAUCUAUACAUGAACGAUGUAACAGCUACAUAUCAGCGCAUCGCAAAUCGAGUCAAGGAGAUCCAAAAGGAAUCUGAAGAAAAGGAACAGGCUGCUGCUGAGGCUCGGAUUGCUGCUGCUCUGCAACCAGAUGGAUCUUAUGCUCUUCCUGAAGAUGCGACUGCUUCUGAAUAUUAUCGUGUUCGAGCAGAGGUCUUUGCAUCCUUGCCUCGAGAAUUCCAGCGUGCACUACUGUCACAAGAUGCUGACCAAAUCAAUCAAGUCAUGUCGACGUUACCUAAACAGCAAGUGGAGGACAUGGUAGACCGUUGUGUCAACUGUGGAUUGUUGGAUAUGGAUGAUGGAGAGGAGGAAGAAGCGUAA